CACGAGCUUCACAGUUUGUCGUGAAAGGAGACUUUUAUUUUGAAGUGUUGGAUGUUCAGUGAGUUUGUGAGUCCGACGCUGUUUGUCUUGACAGGAGGGAUUUAACAGCGCUGUGACCCGUUUUGGCUGCUCUGAUGUGAAGGUUUUGAAGGGUUGGAAAUGGACCAGGCUGAUCGUUCUCCAUUAAAGCACUUUGUGCUGGCCAAAAAGAAGAUCGGGGAUGUUUUUGAGCAGCUUUUAGUUUAUGUGGAAGAGGGCGCAGAGUUUGUGAAAGAAACCUGCCUGAAUGAGUCGUUGGAGAAUAUUGCAAACAGGAGCCAGUUGGACCACAUAGAAACAUACACAAACAAACUGUCCACCAUUAAAGAGGUGUUGGCUCGCAGACAUAUGAAGGUGGCCUUUUUCGGCAGAACAAGCAAUGGCAAGAGCACAGUUAUCAAUGCCAUGCUGCGCGACCGUGUGUUGCCCAGCGGCAUCGGCCACACGACCAACUGCUUCCUGAGUGUAGAGGGCACAGAUGAAGACAAGUCCUAUCUGAAGACAGAGGGCUCUGAAGAGGAGAAAAGUAUCAAGACAGUAAAUCAGUUGGCUCAUGCACUACAUAUGGAUGAGAGUUUGGACGCCGGCUGUCUCGUGAAAGUGUUCUGGCCCAAGACAAAGUGUGCUCUGCUCCGAGACGACCUAGUUUUGAUGGACAGUCCUGGAACUGAUGUCACCACACAACUGGACAGCUGGAUUGACAAGUUCUGUCUGGACGCUGAUGUGUUCGUGCUUGUGGCGAACUCCGAAUCGACAUUAAUGAACACGGAGAAGCAUUUCUUCCACAAGGUGAACGAACGGCUCUCAAAGCCCAAUAUCUUCAUCCUGAACAAUCGCUGGGACGCGUCUGCUGCCGAACCUGAAUACAUGGAGGAUGUGCGUAAGCAGCACACAGACAGGUGUGUGAACUUCCUGGUGGAGGAGUUGAAGGUUGUGGACCGCAAUCAGGCACCCAACCGCAUUUUCUUUGUGUCGGCGAAGGAGGUGCUGAACUCGCGGAUGCAGCGGGCGCAGGGUAUGCCAGAGACUGGGGGUGCUCUUGCUGAAGGGUUUCAGGAGCGACUGAAGGAGUUCCAGAAUUUUGAGAGAACAUUUGAGGAGUGUAUCUCGCAUUCAGCAGUGAAAACAAAGUUUGAGCAGCACACGAUCAGAGCAAAGCAGAUCACUGAAACAGUCCAAGACAUCAUGGAUCAAAUCAACAUCAACUCUGCGGACAAAAGGGUGGCAUCUCUGGAGGAGAGAGAAUAUCUCAUUGACCGACUGGAUUUCGUCCGCAAUCAACUCAACCUGCUCAUUCAAGACAUCAAGAAAAAAAUCAAGGUCAUCACAGAGGAGGUAGAAAACCAGGUGUCAAACGCCAUGGCGGAGGAGAUCUGCCGCCUGUCAGUGCUCAUAGAUGAGUAUCGUUCAGAUUUUCAUCCGUCACCUCACAUGCUCAAGAUCUACAAAUCUGAUCUUCUCACGCACAUCGAGCAUGGCAUGGGCAAGAAUCUGGCCUUCCGCUGUUCUGACGCAGUAAAUGCCUCCGUGCAGUCCUCUCAGAAAGACAUGAUCGAGUGUCUGAAGCCUCUGUUGCCCUCUGCUGCUCAGAAUCAGAUCCACAUGCUCAUCCCCAGCAGGAAGUUUGAGCUCAGCUAUGAUCUGAACUGUGCCACGCUUUGCUCCGACUUCCAGGAAAACAUAGAGUUCCAGUUCUCUUUGGGCUGGACUGCUUUGGUCCACCGUUACUUGGGUCCAGCCAACGCAAAACGGGCCUUGAUGCUGGUAAAUCAGAAAUUGCAGCUGACUGCGCCGACCACCCCAUCAGCGGUCCAAACUUCGAUCCCCAGAGCUCCUGGAACUGAAGUUCAGAAUCAAGCAGUGAUGGCACAGGAAGAACUCAUGAUGUCCAUGGUGACCAACCUGGCCUCUGUCACAUCCCGCACAUCUAUGAGCGUGCUCAUCAUUGGAGGAGUGGUGUGGCGAACAGUAGGCUGGCGUCUGAUCGCUCUCUCCGCGAGUCUGUAUGGGGUGCUCUACCUGUAUGAAAGACUCACCUGGACCACCAAGGCCAAGGAAAGAGCCCUGAAGAGACAGUUUGUGGAUUACGCCACCGAGAAGCUUCAGAUGAUCAUCAGUUUCACCAGCUCAAACUGCAGCCAUCAAGUCCAGCAGGAGAUCGCUAGCACCUUCGCACGACUCUGUCAACAGGUUGACAUCACACAGAAGGACCUAGAGAACGACAUUCAGCGCCUCACCACCAAGAUCCAACAGCUGGAAACUGUACAGAGCCGAUCCAAAGUGCUCAGACAUAAAGCCACCGAUCUGGAAAAGCAGUUAGAGGAUUUCAGCUCUCAGUAUCUGCGUCCUCAGCUCUGACUCGUUAAACGAAGCUGGUUUAGACUUAAUGUAGUUUGGUUGAUGAUUAUGUUCUGUAUGGAGAUACGGUUUCAGUGGAUCUCACACUAUUUUAUGAACUGCCAUAUGAAGCAAAACAUUUGUACUGGAGAAAAUGGAUUCAGAUUCGACACAGAAAUGGGGAAACUGUGUCAAAACUCCCCAAAUCAAUGUGUCAUUAAACUUGAGACUUUUCACUGAGCCUGACUUCAAAAAAAGAGACGAGAUUCAUGUCAUCAGUCAGGGUAAUCAAAUUCUGUACCUUUGCCCUUUCAUUACAAAAGCCUAUUUUCUAUGCUUUGUUUUUGGUAGUAUUUCAGUUCAUCUAACCUGGUAUUAAAACUCUCUUUGUGGAUUUUCUAUUGUUUCUUAACAUAUGUGAUAUAUUGAAAUUCUAAUGUAAAAACUCCCGUGGAAUGAAAAAUUAUUAAAAUAUUACU